AUGGCCUCGCGCCAACUCUCUGAAAUCGACGAAGGGCUGUACCUCGUAGCCAGAAUCGUCAUGCGGUUGGCUGCGGUGGCGGUGGAUAUCUUCGUGAGUGUGGCGGCGGAGUCGAAUCGCUUCAACAUCUCGGACGCCAACUUGUUCUUCAACCGAGUCGCGAGCACCGUGUGGAUAGGUCGUCCGUUGCUCGUGCUGCUGGGGCUCGUGGUGGUGCUGGUCCUGAGCAUGUGUCAAGUGCCGUUGUUUCAACGCUCGUCAGGACUCACCAGACUUCAGCAUACCCCCCGCCCCAUCCUGUCGACGAUGAUCCUUGUGGGGGAAGCCACGUGGCUAUCUUACAUGAUGCACGAUACAUGGAUGAUCACGGUGUCCAGUGGGGCGGAUUCGAUUGAGCACGCCACUCAAUCAAUUUCGAAUCGCCUGCUUGACACUAUAAUAACGUUAUUGAGGAUUCCUGGCUGUCUGGGCUCCAAGGCGCGGCUGGCGGGGUUGGUCACCGUCCAAGCCGCUAGCUUUGUCGUGGCAUACGUUGGCUUGAAGGUGUGGCGGGCCCCGAUCAUCCGUGAGACGACAGCGCCACUCGUCAUGCACACGGCGGCCGCAGUGCACUUACAGCCCACCAAUGGCAAACGGACGAGGAUGUAG